AUGUCUUAUUUGGCCCCCUCCACUGCCAUUACCAGACUGACCAACCCUGGAAGGAGACUUUACCAUAGUGGCAGCAAAAACGACAGUUACUCUGCUGCCAGCCUAAGCGACAACAUGGAUUUGUUCAGUGCCAGAACUAGAUGCUUUCACUCACGAUGCAGAACUUCUUUCAAUUCCAGCCCCUUGUUUGCAUAUAAGCCUUCUUUUAGAUGGCUUUUUAUAGCUUUAUGUAUAUCUGUGCAGUCUGCAGCAUUAGGUGUAGAAGGCAUGGAACUUAGGUUAAAUGAUAUUCAAAGCUACUUGAACUCUCUGGAUGGGUCUCAUUCCAAUUCAAACACAGAACCGGUUUCCCUUAUGUGGGGAAUUGGUGAUACUACAGCCUUUUUUCUUCUCUCUGUCUUCCCUUCUUCUCCUUCUCUCUAUCCCUUCUCUCUCUUCUCUCUAUCUCUCUCUCUCUCUCUCUAUCUUCCUCUCUUCUCUCUCUCAUCCCCUCUCUAUCUUCUCUCUAUCUUCUCUCUCUUCUCUCUCUCUAUCUUCUCUCUAUCUUCUCUCUAUCUUCUCUCUAUCUUCUCUAUCUUCUCUCUUCUCUGUCUUCUCUCUAUCUUCUCUCUAUCUUCUCUCUAUCUUCUCUUGUCUUCUCUCUAUCUCUCUCUCUAUCUUCUCUCUAUCUCUCUAUCUUCUCUCUAUCUUCUCUCUAUCUUCUCUCUAUCUUCUCUAUCUUCUCUCUAUCUUCUCUCUAUCUUCUCUCUAUCUUCUCUCUAUCUUUCUCUGUCUUCUCUCUAUCUUCUCUCUUCUUCUCUCUAUCUUCUCUCUAUCCUCUCUAUCUUCUCUCUGUCUUCUCUCUAUCUUCUCUGUCUUCUCUCUAUCUUCUCUCUAUCUUCUCUCUAUCUUCUCUCUAUCUUCUCUCUAUCUUCUCUCUAUCUUCUCUCUAUCUUCUCUCUAUCUUCUCUAUCUUCUCUCUAUCUUCUCUCUCUCUUCUCUCUAUCUUCUCUCUCUUCUUCUCUUCUAUCUUCUUCUCUAUCUUCUCUCUAUCUCUCUAUCUUCUCUCUAUCUUCUCUCUAUCUUCUCUCUCUUCUCUCUUCUCUUCUCUCUAUCUUCUCUCUCUUCUCUCUAUCUUCUCUCUCUCUAUCUUCUCUCUAUCUUCUCUCUUCUUCUCUAUCUUCUCUCUUCUCUCUAUCUUCUCUCUAUCUUCUCUCUAUCUUCUCUCUAUCUUUCUCUAUCUUCUCUCUAUCUUCUCUCUAUCUUCUCUCUAUCUUCUCUCUAUCUUCUCUUCUCUCUCUCUUCUCUCUAUCUUUCUCUAUCUCUCUAUCUUCUCUCUCUUCUUCUUCUCUAUCUUCUCUCUCUUCUCUCUCUCUUCUCUUCUCUCUAUCUUCUCUCUAUCUUCUCUCUAUCUUCUCUCUAUCUUCUCUAUCUUCUCUCUAUCUUCUCUCUAUCUUCUCUCUAUCUUCUCUCUAUCUUCUCUCUAUCUUCUCUCUAUCUUCUCUAUCUUCUCUCUAUCUUCUCUCUAUCUUCUCUCUAUCUUCUCUCUCUUCUCUCUAUCUUCUCUCUAUCUUCUCUCUAUCUUCUCUUCUUCUCUAUCUUCUUCUCUCUAUCUUCUCUCUAUCUUCUCUCUAUCUUCUCUCUAUCUUCUCUAUCUUCUCUCUCUCUUCUCUCUAUCUCUUCUCUCUCUAUCUUCUCUCUAUCUUCUCUCUAUCUUCUCUCUCUUCUUCUCUCUAUCUUCUCUCUCUUCUCUCUUCUCUCUCUUCUCUCUAUCUUCUCUCUAUCUUCUCUCUAUCUUCUCUCUAUCUUCUCUCUAUCUUCUCUCUAUCUUCUCUCUCUCUCUCUCUCUCUUCUCUAUCUUCUCUCUCUCUUCUCUCUCUCUAUCUUCUCUAUCUUCUCUCUAUCUUUCUCUAUCUUCUCUCUAUCUUCUCUCUAUCUUCUCUCUAUCUUCUCUAUCUUCUCUAUCUUCUCUCUAUCUUCUCUCUAUCUUCUCUCUAUCUUCUCUCUAUCUUCUCUCUAUCUUCUCUCUAUCUUCUCUCUCUUCUUCUCUAUCUUCUCUCUAUCUUCUCUCUAUCUCUCCUCUUCUCUCUAUCUUCUCUCUAUCUUCUCUCUAUCUUCUCUCUAUCUUUCUCUCUCUCUCUCUUCUUCUCUCUAUCUUCUCUCUCUUCUCUAUCUUCUCUCUAUCUUUCUCUAUCUUCUCUCUAUCUUCUCUCUAUCUUCUCUAUCUUCUCUCUAUCUUCUCUAUCUUCUCUCUAUCUUCUCUCUAUCUUCUCUAUCUUCUCUCUAUCUUCUCUUCUCUCUAUCUUCUCUCUAUCUUCUCUCUAUCUCUCUCUUCUUCUCUAUCUUCUCUCUAUCUUCUCUCUAUCUUCUCUCUUCUCUCUAUCUUCUCUCUAUCUUCUCUCUAUCUUCUCUCUAUCUUCUCUCUUCUCUCUCUCUAUCUUCUCUCUUCUCUCUCUAUCUUCUCUCUAUCUUCUCUCUAUCUUCUCUCUAUCUUCUCUCUCUAUCUUCUCUCUAUCUUCUCUCUAUCUUCUCUCUAUCUUCUCUCUAUCUUCUCUCUUCUCUCUAUCUUCUCUCUAUCUUCUCUCUAUCUUCUCUCUAUCUUCUCUCUAUCUUCUCUCUAUCUUCUCUAUCUUCUCUCUAUCUUCUCUCUAUCUUCUCUCUAUCUUCUCUCUAUCUUCUCUCUAUCUUCUCUCUCUUCUCUCUAUCUUCUCUCUCUUCUCUCUAUCUUUCUCUAUCUUCUCUCUAUCUUCUCUCUAUCUUCUCUCUAUCUUCUCUCUAUCUUCUCUCUCUAUCUUCUCUCUAUCUUCUCUCUAUCUUCUCUAUCUUCUCUCUAUCUUCUCUCUAUCUUCUCUCUAUCUUCUCUCUAUCUUCUCUCUAUCUUCUCUCUAUCUUCUCUCUCUCUUCUCUAUCUAUCUUCUCUAUCUUCUCUCUAUCUUCUCUCUAUCUUCUCUCUUCUCUUCUCUCUAUCUCUCUCUAUCUUCUCUAUCUUUCUCUAUCUUCUCUCUAUCUUUCUCUAUCUUCUCUCUAUCUUCUCUCUAUCUUAUCUUCUCUCUAUCUUCUCUUCUCUCUUCUCUCUUCUCUCUAUCUUCUCUCUAUCUUCUCUCUAUCUUCUCUCUAUCUUCUCUCUAUCUUCUCUCUAUCUUCUCUCUAUCUUCUCUCUCUCUUCUCUCUAUCUUCUCUAUCUUCUCUCUAUCUUCUCUCUAUCUUCUCUCUAUCUUCUCUCUAUCUUCUCUCUUCUCUCUAUCUUCUCUCUAUCUUCUCUCUUCUUUCUCUAUCUUCUCUCUAUCUUCUCUCUAUCUUCUCUCUAUCUUCUCUCUAUCUUCUCUCUAUCUUCUCUCUAUCUUCUCUCUAUCUUCUCUCUAUCUUUCUCUCUAUCUUCUCUCUAUCUUCUCUCUAUCUUCUCUCUAUCUUCUUCUAUCUUCUCUUAUCUCUCUCUAUCUUCUCUCUAUCUCUUCUCUAUCUUCUCUCUAUCUUCUCUCUAUCUUCUCUCUCUCUCUUCUCUCUCUCUGUCUUCUCUCUAUCUUCUCUCUAUCUUCUCUCUAUCUCUUCUCUCUAUCUUCUCUCUAUCUUCUCUCUAUCUUCUCUCUAUCUUCUCUCUAUCUUCUCUCUAUCUUCUCUCUAUCUUCUCUCUAUCUUCUCUCUAUCUUUCUCUAUCUUUCUCUAUCUUCUCUCUAUCUUCUCUCUAUCUUCUCUCUAUCUUCUCUCUAUCUUCUCUCUAUCUUCUCUCUAUCUUCUCUCUAUCUUCUCUCUAUCUUCUCUCUAUCUCUCUCUUCUCUAUCUCUCUCUUCUCUCUUCUCUCUCUCUUCUCUCUAUCUUCUCUCUAUCUUCUCUAUCUUCUUCUCUCUAUCUUCUCUCUAUCUUCUCUCUCUCUUCUCUCUAUCUUCUCUCUAUCUUCUCUCUAUCUUCUCUCUAUCUUCUCUCUAUCUUCUCUUCUAUCUUCUCUCUAUCUUCUCUCUAUCUUCUCUCUCUUCUAUCUAUCUCUCUAUCUUCUCUCUCUCUCUAUCUUCUCUCUAUCUUCUCUUCUCUCUUCUUCUCUCUAUCUUCUCUCUCUUCUCUCUAUCUUCUCUAUCUUUCUCUAUCUUCUCUCUAUCUUCUCUCUAUCUUCUCUCUUCUCUCUUCCUUCUCUUCUCUCUAUCUUCUCUCUAUCUUCUCUCUAUCUUCUCUCUAUCUUCUCUCUAUCUUCUCUCUAUCUUCUCUCUAUCUUCUCUCUAUCUUCUCUCUAUCUCUCUAUCUUCUCUCUAUCUUCUCUCUAUCUUCUCUCUCUUCUCUCUAUCUUUCUCUAUCUUCUCUAUCUCUCUAUCUUCUCUUCUCUCUAUCUUCUCUCUAUCUUCUCUAUCUUCUCUAUCUUCUCUCUAUCUUCUCUCUAUCUUCUCUCUAUCUUCUCUCUAUCUUCUCUCUAUCUUCUCUCUAUCUUCUCUCUAUCUUCUCUAUCUUCUCUCUCUUCUCUCUAUCUUCUCUCUAUCUUCUCUCUAUCUUCUCUCUAUCUUCUCUCUAUCUUCUCUCUAUCUUCUCUAUCUUCUCUUCUCUCUAUCUUCUCUCUAUCUUCUCUCUAUCUCUCUAUCUUCUCUCUAUCUUCUCUCUAUCUUCUCUCUAUCUUCUCUCUAUCUUCUCUCUAUCUUCUCUCUAUCUUCUCUCUAUCUUCUCUCUAUCUUCUCUCUAUCUUCUCUCUAUCUUCUCUCUAUCUUCUCUCUAUCUUCUCUCUCUCUCUAUCUUCUCUCUAUCUUCUCUUCUUCUCUCUAUCUUCUCUCUAUCUUCUCUAUCUUCUCUCUCUUCUCUCUAUCUUCUCUCUCUUCUCUCUAUCUUCUCUCUUCUUCUCUCUUCUCUCUCUAUCUUCUCUCUAUCUUCUCUCUCUCUUCUCUAUCUCUCUCUAUCUUCUCUCUCUAUCUUCUCUCUAUCUUCUCUCUAUCUUCUCUCUAUCUUCUCUCUAUCUUUCUCUAUCUUUCUAUCUUCUCUCUAUCUUCUCUCUAUCUUCUCUCUAUCUCUCUCUCUAUCUUCUCUCUAUCUCUCUCUAUCUUCUCUCUUCUUCUUCUCUAUCUUUCUCUCUAUCUUCUCUCUAUCUUCUCUCUAUCUUCUCUAUCUUUCUCUCUAUCUCUCUCUAUCUUCUCUAUCUUCUCUCUGUCUUCUCUCUAUCUUCUCUCUAUCUUCUAUCUUCUCUCUCUAUCUUCUCUCUAUCUUCUCUCUAUCUUCUCUUCUCUCUAUCUUCUCUCUAUCUUCUCUAUCUUUCUCUAUCUUCUCUCUAUCUUCUCUUUAUCUUCUCUCUAUCUUCUCUCUCUUCUCUCUCUUCUCUCUAUCUUCUCUCUCUCUAUCUUCUCUCUAUCUUCUCUAUCUUCUCUCUCUUCUCUCUAUCUUCUCUCUAUCUUCUCUCUAUCUUCUUCUAUCUUCUCUCUAUCUUCUCUCUCUCUCUAUCUUCUCUCUAUCUUCUCUCUAUCUUCUCUCUAUCUCUCUCUAUCUUCUCUAUCUCUCUCUAUCUAUCUCUCUAUCUCUCUCUCUCUCUAUCUUCUCUCUAUCUUCUCUCUAUCUUCUCUCUAUCUUCUCUAUCUUCUCUCUAUCUUCUCUCUAUCUUCUCUAUCUCUCUAUCUAUCUUCUCUCUAUCUUCUCUCUAUCUUUCUCUCUCUUCUCUCUUCUAUCUAUCUUCUAUAUAUAUAUAUAUAUAUAUAUAUAUAUAUAUAUAUAUAUACACAAUAA